AUGGAGAAAAAUGGACAUAAGGAUGACAUAUUGUCUAUAGCCCAGUGCCAACCAAACUUACUGGCAACAGCAGGGUAUGAUGGGGAAAUAGUUGUAUGGAAUAUGGUAUAUGGUCAUAUUUUCUGUAAAUUACAUGGUAAGAGUAGUGUGAGCAAGUUAGUAUUUAUGUCAGAAAGAGCCUACAACAAAGGGGCAGCAUCCUUAAUCUCCAAUGGACCUGAUGGACAUAUCCUGUUCUGGAAAGUCUUUGAGGGUGGAUCUCUACUAGCAGACUUCCCUGGGACUUCCACAGAGGGUGCUUUAAUCAGUACUAUGACAAUCAACAUGGCCAACACUAUGCUAUGUGUGGCUGAUAAUUUAGGAUUUGUAUUUGUAUAUAAUGUUGAUGGCUAUGCUUUGUCAGGGUAUGAAAAGGAACCACCUGAAUUGGUGACCACAUGGAGAGGACAUGUUGAUAGUAGAAUUAGUAGAGAAAAACAAAGUUAUAAUGACAGCUUCUAUCGACUGUACAGUACAUUUGGUCAGCCAGAACAAUGGGACCUAUAUAACACCUCUACUUUCUGUCAUCCCAUGGUGCCAUACGAUGUACUGAUAGACCCCAUGAGUUUACCAUCUCACCCAGUACUGAAAGAAGGAAGUAAGACAGAUGAUCUAUUUGAGUGA